AAUCUAGAAUGUUCUUAUAAUUCUAAUCGCGUAGAAAACGGCUUCAUUGCUGUGAUUUCUUUUGCGGAACAUGAACAAUUUUUUAUAAUGAUUUUAGUGUGUAUAAUAUUCCUGUUUAGUUUUAAUUUUAAUGUAGACAGUGCGUCAAUCAACAAAACGAAAUUGGAGCUAGAAUGCGAAUUCCCGCCAAAAAUGGAGGAGGAUUUGACUCACGUGAGGAAGAAGAGGCUAACCACUGAAACUGGACUAGUCUGCCUUGAGGACUACCCUUACACUAUAUCUAUCAGGUUACAUGGCAAGCACUGGUGCGGAGGAGCCUUAGUCAGCAAGCAAUGGAUACUAACAGCAGCGCAAUGUUUUGAUUAUGUAACCAAAGAAGAAGUGUCAAUUCGUAUCGGCUCCGUGUUCAGAGAUUUCGGCGGUCAAUUGCUGUCAGUAGUUGAAAUCCAACUGCAUCCAGACUACAAGAUUGAUCAGUAUUACCCUGAACACAACCUGGCUAUGAUCAAGAUGAACAUCCCCGUACAACCGAGCCCCCGGAUCAAGCCCGUCUCGCUGCCGACAGAGAACGCUGACCUCCCGCCAAUGUUUGGAGAAGUAGUCGUCACGGGCUAUGGCUCCGUGAUCACUGGUCAGAUCAGAGAGGGCGAAUACCAGGAGCUCAGAAGAAUGAUAGUGCGAGAGGUGCCGCGCAGCGACUGUCGUAUGAUGUACGGCAACGACUACCGGUUACAGCAUGACCAUAUGUGUCUGCAGAGCAUCGUCAAAGGAGUCGCUUUGUGUGCUGGUGACACGGGAGACCCAGCUGUGCUGUUCAGCGGUCUCAACCGCGCCGGCACUCUGUUCGGCAUAGCUCUGUUCUCUGGAACUGAAGAGUGUGCCUUCAAGUCUAAGCCUGGAGUGUAUGCCAAGGUGUCCUAUAGCCGCACUUGGAUUGACAAGAUCUUGGCGGGGAUAAUGAAUGAUCGCGUGGACAGCGCGGACAGUGGAGAGAAUGCGAUACCCUUUGACACAGAUUAGAAAUAAAGGCCAUCACGUCAUUACCGGAUAUACAUUGCUGGUUUUUAUUAUGCAGCAUUUGCGUUGGCAUCUGUCUAAACUUGGAGAUUGUGUAUAGUCGGCAUUAUACUAGUCCGCGCCACGUAAGAAGUCUCGCAGACACGGUGCUAUAGUCGCUGACAACAACGUGGCCGAUCUGCAUUAAUUCCACAUACUUACGUACUAUCACGGGACUUAUUUCAUGGCGCGAACUUCACGUCAACACUGGGAAAAUAAGCGCUAUCGAAAGGGUUUCUAUCUUUUUAGCACUAUAAUGAUGAAAAGAGAUAGCAACGUAUAGCCCAUUUUUUUAAUAUUCAGCGCAUAUUAAUGUAUUGGUACAUUAGUCGUCGUAAAUGUGACUGCAUUCUGUUUGUAAAUUACGCGAAAAAAUAAACAAAUAAAUGUACCAAAAUAAAUAGCUGCUUUUCCGCGUAAUUUACAAAUGGACUAUACUUAGUCUAUUUUACAUUGUUAUUAUUAAGAUAUUUAUUAUUGCUUAGAGACACUACCUACCUACAGAUAGUAUUAGGUACCUAAAGUUAUCAAAGAGUAUUGUAAUUUGUAACCAACUUAAAUAUCAUUUAAUAUUGAUUAAAAUAUCCAAGGGGUCUAUUUUAAAAAUGUACUUACGUAUGAUUUAUUGGUCUCGCAUUUCAGAAAUAGCACUCCGAGACACUUAUUAAAAUAAUUAAUUAAAGACCUCAUCUUGUAAUAUAA